AUGCCGACGAACGCAUCUGAAGCCGGAGCUGCCGGCCUGCCGAUACCCCGUAAUAUCGUUGCGGUGAUCGGGACUACUGGCGUAGGGAAAUCUCAACUGGCAGUCGACCUAGCUCGGUAUCUACGAUCAAAUCCAACGAGUGGAAAUGAAAAUGCCACCGUCUUGUCGUCCGACUCGAUGCAACUUUACCAAGGGUUGCCUCUCAUAACCAACAAAAUUACGGAAGCCGAGAUGGGUGGUGUCGAGCAUUGGGGCAUCGAUGUGGUUCGACCGGGCGAAGGCGGGUCUUGGGAAGUAGGCAAAUGGUGUCAAGAAGCGCUCUCGAAAGUCAAUUCGCUGUCCGAGGACACUUUGCCAAUCGUUUGUGGCGGAACCCACUACUACACCCAGCAUUUCCUUUUCCCACCUUCUGCUCUUUCGAUCGAUCGGCCGGAGGGUUCCAACGCGGGCGGCCGCAGUAAAGUGCUGAAUUCCAAGUGGCUACCUCCCUGCGCACUAGAAGAUAUCGAGAAGGAGGGCCUGAUGCCAUGCGAUUUGAGCGCCGUCGACAGACAACUCUUGAACUCCUUCUACAAUUCCGAUUCAGCCUUCGCCACAAACGGCUGCCCACAGACAUCGUCCUCGUCCGAUGCCUCGGCUGCCAAACCUUCUGCGACGGAUAGUGAGGCACAACAGCUGCUAGACAUCCAUCGAUUAUUGCAGCGAAUCGAUCCGCAGGAAGCGUCCCGAUGGCAUUGGAAAGACGGCCGCAAAGUGCGACGGGGGGUCGAGCGCUGGUGGGAGAAUCGAGCGGACCAAAUAACACACAAGCGAAACGACGGUGUUGAUCCUGCCUCAUAUCGCACCCUGAUUCUAUGGGUUUACGACGCGCCCGACAUUCUCAAUUCCCGCCUAGAUCGACGGGUUGAUUUGAUGGUGCAGAAAGGACUGAUCGAAGAAGUCAUUAGCUUGCGGAAUGAUUCCAGUCGCAUCUACGGAGCUGAAGGCUCCGCGAGUAUGGAAGAAGGGAUCUUUCAAUCUAUCGGAUACAAGGAAUUUGGGGCCAUACCAACCAGUGACUUGACAAGCGAACAUCCCCUUUUCGCUUCGGGUCUCGAACGUAUGAAGCUAUCUACCCGACAGUACGCGAAGAAACAGAUCAAGUGGAUUAAAAAGCAAUUGCUACCCGCGAUAAUCAAAGCACGAUCCAUGGGGGGAGAGGUCUACAUCUACGUCUUGCCAGCUGGCCGUAGCGAGAGAGGCAUCGAGUUGCUACAAAGCUUCCUCAAACGAACAUCAAUGCCGCAGGAAAGCGACACGGGACAUCCGGAUGCCAAAGUUUUGCUGGCUUCACUGUUCGAGUCAGCCGGGGCCUCCCCUGACAAGAUGGUGCCUGGCAUAGCAGAACGGCAGGUCAUCAAUGCUCGACGGGACUGUCCAAUCUGUUCACAGCCGGACGCGCCCGUUUCUAUUGGCGUAUCGGAAUGGAAUGCUCAUGUUGGUUCGAGGAGUCAUCGAAGGCAAGUUCGACUCUGCCCCUACUGCAUCGAAUAA